UAUUUGAAAUAAAACAGGGGAAUAAUAUAGAAUGAAUAAAUGAGACUUUGAAUAACCUUUAUAUUCUUGUCUUCUCAAACUAAUUCUAGAAAAAAGUGAGUAUAAACAAAUAUAAUUUGAAUUCCUGAUUCUGUUUUUUCUUUAAUGAGAAAGGGAUUAUCUUUGCUAAAUAAGCAAUGAAUAUAAAGGACAUUGAAGAUAUCCUUCAGGAGGAAGACUACAACAUUCACCAUGAGCAGAUACAGUGAUUUUAAAAAAAGCUUUAAAAGGAAAUAAAGUGUAGUAAAUAUACUUUGUGUUUCCAAGAGUCAGUACUGGGUAAAUAUAUUAACAUCAAAAGGAAAUAAAUCUUUGAAUAAACUGAUUAGUAGCUUCUCAGCACUGAUUUGAAAUCCCAUUAUGUACAGGAGGCAACUUAGAGAAUUUGUAUCUUGAGUUAUCCUCUAUAAAAUUGGACCAAAUGUUUAGAAUAAUUUAACAUAAUAUAAUGAUUAAGCAAUAGAAAAUUAUAGUGUUAGGAAUAAACUUUAUAAAAGGCCAGCCCAAAGUGAUCAGUUUUAAAAAAAUCUAAAAUAAUUUGUCACUAUUAUUCUACAAAUAUGAUAUUUCUCAUAGUCAUAUACAUGAUAAUAUAGUUAGUACACUAGUACUUUCUCUUAGAUGUCUAUAUACAAGAUAAAACUCUUCAUGGAAUUCUGAUUUGUAAGACAAAACCACAUUUGAAGAGCUACCGCUCCGCUCACACACAAAAAAGGCAUUGUGAAAGACUUAAAAGCCCUCAAAGAAAAACAUGAACACAUACGGAGGAAUGAGGAAAGAAGCGAGGUAAGUAAAAUAGUAUGAACUCAAACGCACUUACAUUUUGAGCCACAGGAUGUCGUUGUUCUCCAAGAAUAUAUAUUUUUUUAACAGAAGAAAAUCAGCUUAUCCCCGGAUCAGAAAAAAGCUCCACUGUUCCGGUGCUUUAAAGACUAUAAACACAUCCCUAUUGUGAAGAUCACCUGGGACCUCAGCAGCAAGGAAUCAAAAGAAAGGUCUCAAACGGAUUACGUCUUUCUAGCCAUGAAAUAUUGUUUUACUAACCAAAAAAGAGGCAUGAUAUUAGUUGCCAGACCAGGUGGCCAAGGAGCCUGGCGCCUGCUGCUCUGGCUUCUGCUCCUCGCGUUCUGGGAGGCGGGGAGCGGCCAGCUCCGCUACUCGGUCCCCGAGGAGGCCAAGCACGGCACCUUCGUGGGCCGCGUCGCGCAGGACCUGGGGCUGGAGCUGGCGGAGCUGGUGCCGCGCCUGUUCCGGGUGGCGUCCAAGGACCGCGGGGACCUUCUGGAGGUGAAUCUGCAGAAUGGCAUUUUGUUUGUGAAUUCUCGGAUCGACCGGGAGGAGCUGUGCGGGCGGAGCGCGGAGUGCAGCAUCCACCUGGAGGUGAUCGUGGACAGGCCGCUGCAGGUGUUCCACGUGGAGGUGGAGGUGAAGGACAUUAACGACAACCCGCCGGUGUUCCCCGCGACACAAAAGAAUCUGUUUAUUUCCGAAACGAGGGCUCUUGACUCUCAUUUCUCACUAGAGGGCGCCUCGGACGCGGACGUGGGGACCCAACGCCCUGCUGACUUACAGACUGAGCCCCAGUGAGUAUUUCUCCCUGAAAGUACCAACCAACGAUGAGCAGGUAAAACCGCUCGAACUAGUAUUAAAGAAACCUUUAGACAGAGAGGUAGCUUCGG